AUGGUAUUAAUGAUUUCUGUACCGUUCCUCUUGGAAAUUGCCUUAGCACUUCGAAUAGGAUUCUUCUUGUUUGGAUUGUACCAAGAUGAGUACAUGGUGGUGAAAUAUACUGACAUUGACUAUAUGGUUUUCACCGAUGCGGCACGAUACGUAGCUGUUGGAGCUUCACCAUAUAUGAGGGAAACUUACAGAUAUACUCCUCUAUUGGCAUGGAUGAUGUACCCCACAUCAUGGGGAGGCUGGUGGUUCAGUUUCGGCAAGUUUGUGUUCAUGGUGAGUGAUCUUGUGACGGGUGUAAUUGUGCUUCGAAUGCUACAAAAAAUCAGAGUUAAAGGUGAGCCAUUGAGUCACAAUAAGUUGAUCAUAUUGUCAUCUAUUUGGCUCUUGAACCCAAUGGUGAUCACCAUAAGUACUCGUGGGUCAUCAGAAAGUGUUUUAACGGUGAUGAUCAUGAUGGGAUUGAGCAUGGCUAUGAAUAACCAAGUCAUUGGUGCUGGUAUCUGGAUGGGUUUGGCUAUUCAUUUCAAGAUAUAUCCCAUCAUAUAUAUCCCCAGCAUUAUGUUAUACCUUGCCAAGUAUAACAGGGGAUUUUUUCCCACAAUACCAAUUGUCAAGUGGAUCAAUGCUAAGAAUUGUACUUUUGCGAUAAUAAGUAUUGCAACCGUGGCACUUCUCAACAUUGUAAUGUACCAGAUCUAUGGAAUGGAGUUCCUCGAACACACCUACCUAUACCAUUUGACCCGGGUAGACCACAGGCACAAUUUUUCAGUGUACAAUGUUGCGUUGUACUACAAGUCCGCCAUGGCUGCAUUGCACACAAUUGACCUGGAUCCACUCCUCUAUUCAAUCACAAAAAACUUGGAAAAAUGGGCGUUUGUUCCGCAACUAGGAUUGUCCAUUUUUUUGAUUCCUUUGAUCUUUGCUCAGCAAAACUUGGUUUCAUGUGCCUUCAUUCAAACAUUUGCAUUCGUCACAUUCAACAAGGUCAUGACCUCCCAAUACUUUAUCUGGUUCCUCAUCUUCUUGCCUCAUAUGCUAGCCACCUCCAAACUAUUGACUUCAAGAAAGUAUACUGGAAUUUUCAUGUUGGCCCUCUGGAUCAUUACGCAAGCAUUGUGGCUCUUAAAUGCAUAUAAGCUCGAGUUUCUCGGAGAAAGUACGUUUGACUUUGGCUUAACUCCUUCGGCUUGCCUCUUCUUCCUUUGCAACUGCUAUAUGCUAGGCGUUUUCAUCGAAGAAUCCAUCCCCAUAUAA